UUGUCUUUCAUUUCUAGUUACUUCAGCUUCAACCAUGUGGAAUAACAGCAGUGCAACCAAUACCACCUCCAUGCCUCAGACACCUGGAGUUAUCGAGCAGGCACUGGGACUGACUUUAGCGGUCAUGCUAGGGCUGGUGAUCUUCUCCCUGGGCUGCUCAGUGGAGGUGAGUAAGAUCUGGCUCAACCUGAAGCGCCCAUGGGGUAUCUUGGUCGGGCUGGUGUGCCAGUUUGCCGUGAUGCCCCUCACCUCAUUCCUGCUGGCUCUGGCGUUCGCCGUCUCCCCGGGUCAGGCCAUCGCUAUCAUCGUCAUAGGUUCUUGUCCUGGAGGAGCCAUCUCUAACAUCAUCACCUACUGGCUGGAUGGUGACAUGGACCUCAGUAUAACCAUGACCAGUGUCUCUACUCUGCUCGGACUGGGCACCCUGCCUCUGAAUAUAUAUCUCUACUCUCGCACAUGGGUGAAAGCUGGGAGGAUUCAGAUCCCUUAUCAGAAAAUAGGUCUGGCGUGUAUUAGCCUGAUUGUCCCUGUGACCUGCGGCGUGCUGGUCAAUUACAAGUGGCCAAAAAUGGCACGGAUAUUUUUAAAGGUGGGGUCAGUAGUAGGAGGCUUGAUCAUGUUGGGUGUCGGUAUCGCUAGUGUUGUACUUUAUGGUGGUGUGUGGAACACAGAAACCCCCAUCCUGGUCGUCGGUGGUGUGUUUCCUGUGAUCGGCUGCACCAUAGGAUUCGUUAUCUCUGUUAUAUUGCGUCAGUCCUGGAAACGAUGCAGGACCAUCGCCAUGGAGACAGGAGCUCAGAACACACAGAUCUGUGCUACGGUCCUGCAGCUUUUCUUCCCUCCGGAUCUUCUGUCGCAGGUCAUCACACUCCCUCUUAUAUACGGCUGUUUCCAGCUGCUGACGGGCCUGAUGCUGAUCACAGUUUAUCAGAUUUACAAGAGGACGUCGUGUAGGAAUUAUUUUAUAACCUCGGCAGAGAAACGCCAGUCUGAAGAAAACGGGCCUACUGGAGAAAUAAACAGUGCCUUUGAGAGCGACUCUAACAAAAACGCUGGGGAACCUCACGUACCCUCCGUCACGGAUUUUUAACCAAUUUAACGUCUCCCUGGUGGAGAGCUGUGAGUCGCCGUAAUACGGAGUUUUCUUGUACUGUUUACAGUCCUUUUUGUUUAAUUAUAUUAAUUCAUAAGCACAGUGAAACUUUGUGCCAAUGCCGGCACGACAAGCCAAUAAUAAUGGGGAUGAUUUUUUAUGCCUAACUUCUUAAACGAGAUCCAACUGCCAGCAUAAAGCCCUGGGAGUUCUAUUGAAUGAGGUGUUUGUUUGUUUUUACAGUUUUGACCCAGUUUUCUGCAGGUUGUUGGGUCUAACCACCUGUGUUCAGGUUAGCAAGCAACAAGUUUGAUAUGAUGUAGCUUGUUGCUUAUGGCUGUCUAUUAUGUUUUUUGUUCAACCUUGUUAAGCUUUGAUUACAGAAAACACACUGUGGUGUCCAGUUCAUGUGUGAAAAUGAUUCCU